GAUGCACUGUCAUUCUUUGCGCAUGUCUUUGGUGGAACCUUUUCUGACUGACAGGAGUUUCUGUGGGUUCUUCUUUCCUCCUUUAAUAUUAAGCUACUCACAUGAAUGGCAAAGUUUCUACAAACUAGUAGAUGAAGAAUGAAAUCUUCUCGGCUGCUUGGACGCACCUUGGAUGUAAAAACAUGGAGAGUCAAACUCUUGGCGAGAUUGCAGGACGUUGCAGAUUGGCCAAAUAGACCACUGACGGCAUGUGCAAAGAAAAAGGUACCUGCUGGUCUUCCUUUAGAUAAGUCCGGCCACCUUGCAAGCCAUUAAGAUGGCUCAUAAUGACCCGAGCUACCAACCAUCCGACUAUUUCUUUAACCAACCUCAUGUCACUGUCUUCUCAUGCUUAAGACAAAAGGUUUAAGUUCCUCACUCACAAAUCUCUGAUUGAUCCACAUGAAAGCAGCAACACUGGAUCGACUUUAUAAAUAGGAGACCAGUUUCAGAACAGACUUUACGAAGCGAGACAUGAAGUUCAGAAGUUCAGUCAGCCUUUUCCGCAUUUGCUGCUAAGUUGGCUCCGCUUUUCCUUUUGUCCACUUUAGAGGAAGGAUUCGAGUUCUCGGAUCGCAGUAAAGAAUUCGCAAUUAGCUGUACCAUCUGCUUUCUUCAACUUCUGCUGUAAACAUUUUCAUAUUUCCUCUUGUUCACUGGGAAAGUCCUGAGUUUGCAAUGGGAAACCAGCCACAAUUGAGUUGGCUCCUCUGUUAGCCCACCUGCAUGCUGUAAAUUGCAGGUUCGAGUGCUUGGUAGAGGGUGAUUGUCUCAGAAUGAGUUCAGUGAAGUCGCCAUGGCACGCUUCUCUGAAUGGAUACCCUUGCAGGGAGCCGUCCAACACUGAGCUGACAGAACGGUGCCAGAUGUUGGAAAAGCAGAAUGAGCACCUGCGGCAGGAGGUGGUCCGCCUGAAAUCACAGAUCUCCGGCCUCCUUAAGGACAGGAAAGGCAAUCUCCUAGCUACCAAACAGGAUAUUCCGGCGGAGUUUCCAACCGCAAGCCGUAACGGUUUGCGUCAAAAGGGAGACUGCAAUUUAGUCACAGGACACGCGUCAGUGUUAAUGCCGGUGCCCGCGCCCGUGCCCCCACCGCCACCAACCAAGCCAAGGACGCCGGAGUCUUCCAUUCCAACGCUUGGCUCACUAAUGGCAGCGGCUGUGGCCUCGGCCAAGAGCAGCAAGGUAGAACAACCAUCACCAUCACCCUCGCCCCCACCGCCACCGCCUCCGCCGUCAAUGAAAUCAUCAGCGGCCGGAGACGCUGAAAUACGGCGGCUGCCGGAGGUGGUACAGCUGUACCACUGGAUGACUAAGAAGGAGGCAAGGAGGGGCGUCGGAGGCGCCGGCAAUGUGAACGCGCGAGACAUGAUUGGAGAAAUUGAGAACCGUUCUGCUCACUUGUUAGCCAUAAAAACAGAUGUUGAAACGAAGGGAGACUUUGUCAAUUCACUCAUAAGGAAAGUGGAGAAAGCAAGGUUCAGUAGAAUAGAGGAGGUGGAAGAUUUUAUCAGAUGGCUUGACAAAGAGCUUUCCCAACUCGUUGACGAGAGGGCCGUGCUCAAACAUUUUCAGUGGCCAGAGAACAAAACCGAUGCAAUGAGAGAAGUUGCCUUCAACUACCGAGAACUUAUAAACAUUGCUGAGUCCCAGUCUUGCUCUACUUAUAACCAGGAGGCCCGCCAGCCGAUUGCUACAUUCCUGAAGCAAAUGCAAGCUUCUCAAGAGAAAGUCGAGCAAGGUGUCUACAACAUUCAAAAGGUGCGGGAUGGUGCAAUUAAGAGAUGCAAGGAAUUUGGGAUCCCGUGGGAGUGGAUGCUUGAUACUGGAAUUGUUUCCCAGUUGAAGAUGAGUUCAGUAAAGAUUGCCAAGGGAUGUAUGAAGCGGGUGACGGCUGAACUGAAGUCAAUGUCCUGUACAGAGGGAGAAGACCUCAUGCUCCAAGCUGUUCGCUUUGCUUUUCGUGUGCAUCAGUUUGUGGGAGGUUUUGAUGGGGAGUGUGCGUGCGCGUUCCAGGAGAUGAGGAAUAUGGCCUUGAAUGAAUGCCAACUACACCAACAUUCUCUUCCCCAAUCAAGAAGUUCCUGAGACCAGAUCUCAUCUCUUGUAACAUCAACAUCCUCUUCUCAAUCAAGAAGCUGCCAAGACAUGAUCUCUCUCUCUCUCUCUCUCUCUCUCUCUCUCUCUCUCUCUCAAUUCAUACAUAUAUAGAUAGUAUAAAAACUUGUAUGAGUAGUAAAUUUUACAGGAGUUGCUUGAGCCAAUACAAAAUGUAACCGGAUUUUGAACCAACUAACAACGAUUUUCAUGCAUUCACGGUA